UGAGCCAAGUCUUGGCCAUAGUAGAUUGUGUAAUUUCAUUACCCGCACAGUGUUAUAUCAGAUACGAAGCCUACUUACUCUUUGUUCAGCAAGGAUUGUAUGGUCAGAAAUUACAAUAAUGUCUGUGAAAACGUUGUUUUAAUUAUUUGUACUAUCUAAAAUGAGAGUAUUGAAUAUGGACGAGAAAACACCGGAAAUUCAUUACAAUCGCGGCUGGUCUUUUAUAGUGACUUUAUCAUAGAGAGACUCUCAUAAACCCUUAAUCUGGAAAUAAACAGCCAUGGAAAAUAGUUCAUGCUUAAUUCUGUAUUAAACAACUAAUAAACCGAAGAAAAGCACCGUAUUUAUGUUGUACUGUGGAAGUUUACUGUCGAGCUUCGUGAUAAUAGCGCCGCUAGGCAGGCAUGAGCAGAGCCGAUUCUGCAGAAAAUGAGGAUUGGACGUGAGCUACGUGCGCAUCCAGGAGUAGACGACAUGACAUGGAGAGACUGGAAAACACGGACCUUAUAAAUGCACGCGGACGCGAGAGUGUCAGUUCACCGCAAGAGAGAGUCACCAGUGGCUGUUGUGAGUCUCACAUGGUGAGUACAAUGGGUCUGAACGCGACCACGGCGGAGGAGCUGCUGGCUGGACAUGCGUCUAGAUCUGGAUCCGGGACCACGCUUUUGAAGGAGUUGAAAAGCGGGUUGCCUUUGUAUAAUGGUGGAGGAGAAGCGGUGUCCCCUUCACCUACAGCCGAAGGAAGUUAUCAUGAUGUCCCUAAGCAGAUGCAAAGCGGGUGUUUACAUCCAAAUGGAUUGGUGGAGACUCCCCAUGCUCACGUUGAGAGGACUUCAAAAAGACUUUGUGGAGAUGUGCGAUUAAGACAACUCCAGUACCAGAGGAAAAAAGAUGAGGAAAACAGAGACUGUGGUUGUCCCGGAAUGGGUUCUGGAUCUGGUGGUUCUUCGGAAAUGCCCCAUGGACUGGACGCUCCUUCGCUUGAAUGCAAAAGGAGGAGGCUUGAAGUGGGUCCUAAAACAGACUCUAGUAAAAGCACACAGGCUGUCGCUCCCCUUGCAGCCAAUCACCAACACAAGAACUGCAGCGUUCCCAGCUCCCCGACCCUCAGUUGGGUCCAUCACAAUGGGCACAAAGCUGCAAUGAACCACGCGGCCCCCGGGCAGGACGAGGUGCUGUCGGCGCCGCCUGCGUUGGCCACCAGUGCAGGAUGGUCUCCAGAGCACAUGGCUCAGCAGUACAUAGUUCCCUGUAUGAAGUUCUAUGGCAUUUGCGUCAAAGAUGUCUUUCUGGGUGAUCGAUUGGGCGGUAGGGUCCUGGAGGAAGUGGAGACCCUAAAUCGCAGCGGGAAGUUCAAAGGCGGCCAGUUGGUCAUCCAAAAGAGCAUCCCCUCUAAGAACAUCCGUGGAGACCAGAUAGCCUGGGUCGAAGGCAACGAGCCGGGCUGCGAGAACAUCGGAGGCCUCAUGGCUCACAUCGAUGAGGCCAUCAUGCGCAGUGCGGCCAAUGGACAGCUGGGGGAUUAUGUCAUCAAUGGCCGCACAAAGGCUAUGGUGGCAUGUUACCCUGGCAACGGAACAGGAUAUGUGCGACAUGUGGACAAUCCUAACGGUGACGGACGCUGCAUAACCUGCAUCUACUAUCUGAACAAGGACUGGGAUGUGAAGGUUCAUGGAGGUUUAUUGCAGAUCUACCCCGAGGGACGUAAUGUUGUUGCCAACAUCGAGCCUCUCUUUGACCGUCUGCUCAUUUUCUGGUCAGAUCGCCGGAAUCCACAUGAGGUGAAACCAGCUUUUGCCACCCGCUAUGCCAUCACCGUUUGGUACUUUGAUGCAAAAGAGCGGGCCGAAGCUAAGGAGAAGUACAGACUGGCUACAGGACAGAAAGGAGUUAAAGUGCCCGUCACACAGAGCAGCAAGACCUGAAACUCAGGCAGUCGAGUGAACUCUCAAGUGUGUCCUGUUCAUGCGUGUGGAUGCCUGCGCUUCUGCGCGAUUGGACGUUUUCAAGAGAAGAUGCGAGAAGCCCAACAUUCACUGCUCUUUCUGUGGCCUCAAACAUCCAACAAGUUUGAAUUGCUUGGGUGAACACGGGACUGUUUUUAAAUGAACGCCACGGUGUCUCAAACUUGAUGGUCGCGGCACCGAAAGGCUGGCAGGAAUGGCCGAUUCUUCCUCAUCCCGUGGAAAGUCAACAACAGAAACAUCACGAAUGGACUUCAGUUACUUUAGUAUUUUGAGUAAUUACUUAAUUAAAUAAGAAUUACAAUCUCUAAACUCAACCCUCGCUUUUCACGACACUACACUCCUGUGUGUAAGUGAGACUUUCUAGUGGCCUUUGUCAUAUCCUGUUCUGCCCCAUGAGUGUGUAACCACUGACAUCUGACUUACGCCAGUGCUCAGCUAGAUCAUGAAAACUGACAUAAAAUAACCAACGAUCACAUUAUACAUGAAUGCUUCAGUGGACAGAAUCCCUUACGACUGAGCCUGAGUCCUAGGAAACAUUCAGGGUGAAUUUACUCAGAACGAACAGCGCCCUCUGGAGGUGAUCAUUUUCACGGCCGGCCUUGCUGCAGGAAUUAUGCGAAUGUGGUAGCAACAGAAAAAUUUGCACAGAAAGCAAAUUUGAAUGCCGCAGUUCCCCAGUUUUCCGGAGAAUUUAGGGCCGUACGCGUAGGAUGUAUACUUCUGGUCCGACUGCGCUAUUUUUUUUAAUUGUCUUUGCUUUUGCGUCAGUUUCGCUCCACGAGAUGUAAAAUGUAAUUCAACUUUGAUAAACUCAUCCAGAAUGUGUCCUGUGUGAACAGCCCCAACCCUUAAUUUCUAAUGCUUUUCUCAGACUGUAUUGUACUUUCGGAUGCAGAGAUAAUAAAAUUGCGGCCGAUAAUGAUAAUCGACAAUUAAUGUUUAAUAUUAUUUUAUGGCCGAUAGUUGAUAAAUUGACAAUAUUAAAAUUUGAUACUGUUUUGCAAUAAUAAAUUUAAAAUUAAAUACUAUAAAGUGAAUUUAGUCAUUUUAAAUGCUACAUGUUAAUUUAGGCACCAUAUCAUAAUGUACAGUAUGAAAAAUUAUUACAUUUAACUGUGUUAUUAAAUUAUUAGGGUUUUUAAAGAAAUUUAAGUGUUGCAACAACGAUAAUUAAAUGUAAAAAUACAGAAAAUGAGCUAUACAAUUACAUACAUCCAAUAUCGAUAAAUUAAAAAAACAAUAUCGGCCGAUAACCGAUAUGGCACCGAUAUAUUGUACAUUCCAAACUGUGACAAU